AUGCAUAUUACGAUAACCGUUUAUGGUGGAAAGUUGUCCACAUUUGUGGCACAUUCAGCGUACGACGAGAACCACCACCCAACUGCUGUCAUUGAUCUUGCAGGCGAGGAGUGGCAGCUGGAGGACAAAAGCAACGCUACGCUGUCCGUGGACACUGGCUGCAUGCAGCUGUUGGCCAACGCCCUGGACCACCCCACGUGCCCACUGGAAGACCUGCCUCCGGAAACCAUUAAGCGGCGCGAGCAGUGCCGUGUGCAGCUGUGGCACGACCUGUCGCAGGGGUCGCCCCACAUACCCGUCACCAGCUACCUGGCCUACACGCAGAGGGCCAACGUCAACCUCUGCCUCUUCGCCUGGAUGACUGUCAACUCUGUCAGCAUUUGCCAGGACGUCCCCUUCAGUAUGAUUCAGUCUGUGCGCGAUGCCCGCUGCGUUUUCGGUGGUCCUGACGACCAACCCUGCCCGCAACUCAACGCAACCGACGCCGUCUGCUCUGUUUGCAGGGCUAUUCUCCUCCUGAAGUGUCGCGAUUUUGCUUCCACAAGUUAUCUCGAGGCAUGUCGCGCCCCCAUGGACCACCGUGGAUUUUACUCACCAUACUGUGGAUAUUAUGUACAGGGCAAAGACAAGCCGACAAACAGAAUACUGAGCUACAAAGACAGUCUAAACAGUAGCACCUUGAAGUACAAGGAUUUUAAAAUCGAGGGCUUAGAACCUUUAGAAAUAACGUUUGUAGCAAUGAAUAUUCUCUUCCGAUUUUUGACUGCCGCAGUGUACGUGUAUCUUCCCAAUUUACGUAACUUGCCCGGAAAGAUAUUCUUGUCCUUUCAGAUAACAGGUAUGAUCCAGAUCUUGGUUUCUGAGGUCUUGUACCGUAUGGCCGGUGUCCCCGACUUAUCUACGACGGUGCAGAUUGAUAGCGCACUAACUCUUCUGAACUGUAUCUGGCUCAACUCGUUCUGCUACCAAAUGUACGCAUGCGUUCGUCACCUCAGGCUUCCUAGCGACCUAGAACGUGCUGAAGUAAGGAAGGUAUUCCGCCGUCAGCUGUUGUGUUCGCUAAUACCCUGGGGCGUAGUACUGGCGGCAACCAUUGCUUUGGAAAGAACGAGCGAAUAUUACCUGUUGCACAGUCGUAUAAUAUUCAUCGCGGGAAUUUCUCUGUCAGUAACUUACAAUAUGGUUUGCCUUGGACUGGUGGGAUACAUGUACCGACGUACUCGUAAUUCCAUGCGGCAGCUCAAAAUUUAUAGUAAAGAGGCGUUUGGCUCAAAGACACUAAUUCUUUACAUGUCAGCUAAGACUGUCACUUUAAGUGGCAUAGGCACGAUUGUUAGAAUUGGCUUCCACCAGGCACAAGGCAUAGCGCAGUACGUGUACUAUGUCCAUAUAGCUACGAUGUUACAGGGUCCACUGCUUUUCGUUUUAUUCGUUUGCAACAAUGCAACUCUCCCUCUGCUCAGGGAGAGACUAUUAGCACGGUGGAACCCCGAUGUCAUCGGUCCAGGACAAGAAUUGUGUUCAUCUGCCGAGAGAAAUCUGGCAAAGAGAGUCAAUGUACAGGCCGCGGCUGCGGAAUCCACAUUGUAAUCUCCACAAGGGUUUUUUUUUUCCAAGGAUUGUUUUCGUU